GGGUUCUGAGCGGCGGUCCGUCAGGCCCGGCCCCUCCCCUCCCCCCCUCGCCCCCGCCCCGUCGCCAUGAGCGGCUCCAAGCCCGACAUCCUGUGGGCCCCGCACCAGCUGGACAGGUUCGUGGUGUGCGACUCGGAGCUGAGCCUGUACCAGGUGGAGCCGGCGGGCGGCUCGGAGCUCAAGGCCGGCUCCCUGCGGCUCUCGGAGGACACGGCGGCCACGCUGCUCUCCAUCAACUCGGAGACGCCGUACAUGAAGUGCGUGGCCUGGUACCUGAGCUACGACCCCGAGUGCCUGCUGGCCGUGGGCCAGGCCAACGGGCGCGUGGUGCUCACCAGCCUGGGCCAGGACCACGGCUCCCGCUGCAAGGAGCUGAUCGGCAAGGAGUUCGUGCCCAAGCACGCGCGGCAGUGCAACACGCUGGCCUGGAACCCGCUGGACAGCAGCUGGCUGGCCGCCGGCCUGGACAAGCACCGCGCCGACUUCUCCGUGCUGAUCUGGGACAUCUGCAGCAGGUACAGCCCCGAGGCCGCCGUGGCGCCCGAGAAGCUGAGGCUCUCGGCCGGGGAGCCCGACGCCGGCGUGGUGGUGACCAAGCCCCUGUACGAGCUGGGCCAGAACGACGCCUGCCUCUCCCUCUGCUGGCUGCCGCGGGACCAGAAGCUGCUGCUGGCCGGCAUGCACAGGAACCUGGCCAUCUUCGACCUGCGCAACACCAGCCAGAAGAUGUUCGUGAACACCAAGGCCGUCCAGGGCGUCAUGGUGGACCCCCACUUCCAGGACCGCGUGGCCUCCUUCUACGAGGGCCAGGUGGCCAUCUGGGACCUCCGCAAGUUCGAGAAGCCCGUGCUGACGCUGACGGAGCAGCCCAAGCCCCUGACCAAGGUGGCCUGGUGCCCCACGAGGACGGGGCUGCUGGCCACGCUCACGAGGGACAGCGACAUCAUCCGGCUGUACGACAUGCAGCACACGCCCACGCCCAUCGCCGACGAGACGGAGCCCACCAUCAUCGAGCGCAGCGUGCAGCCCUGCGACAACUACAUCGCCUCCUUCGCCUGGCACCCCACCAGCCAGAACCGCAUGAUCGUGGUGACGCCCAACCGCGCCAUGUCCGACUUCACCGUGUUUGAGCGCAUCUCCCUGGCCUGGAGCCCCGUCACCUCGCUGAUGUGGGCCUGCGGCCGGCACCUCUACGAGUGCACCGAGGAGGGCGGCGACCCCGCUGCGGACAAGGACAUCGCCACCAAGAUGCGCCUGCGGGCUCUGUCCCGCUACGGCCUGGACACCGAGCAGGUCUGGAGGAACCACGUGUUGGCCGGCAACGAGGACCCCCAGCUGAAGUCCCUCUGGUACACGCUCUACUUCAUGAAGCAGUACACGGAAGACUUGGACCCGAAAUCUCCAGGCCACAAAGGGUCGCUGGUUUAUGCCGGCAUCAAGACCAUCGUGAAGUCAUCUUUGGGCAUGGCAGAGACUGGCAGCAGACACCCCUGGAGCGGGGCGCCCGAGAAGCCCGGCGAGGGCCCGAGCCUGAGCGAAGAGAGAAUCCUGGCCUUGCAGCUCUGUGGCUGGAUAAACAAGGGGACGGACGUGGACGUGGGACCCUUCCUCAGCUCCCUCGUGCAGGAGGGAGAAUGGGAGCGAGCGGCCGCCGUGGCCUUGUUCAACCUGGACAUCCGGCGCGCCAUCCAGAUCCUGAACGAGGGGGCCUCCUCUGAGAAAGGGGACCUGAACCUCAACGUGGUAGCCAUGGCGCUGUCGGGGUACACAGACGAGAAGAACUCCCUCUGGAGGGAGAUGUGCAGCACCCUGCGGCUGCAGCUCAGCGACCCCUACCUCUGCGUCAUGUUCGCCUUUCUGACAAGCGAGCCCGGCUCCUAUGACGGCGUCUUGUACGAGAGUAAGGUGGCGGUGCGGGACCGGGUGGCGUUCGCCUGCAAGUUCCUCAGCGAUGCCCAGUUGAAUAGAUACAUUGAGAAGCUGACCAAUGAAAUGAAAGAAGCGGGAAACCUAGAAGGAAUCUUACUGACGGGUCUAACAAAGGAUGGAGUCGAUUUAAUGGAAAGUUACGUGGACCGAACUGGAGACGUCCAGACCGCGAGCUACUGCAUGCUCCAGGGUUCUCCACUGGAUGUGCUUAAAGAUGAGAGGGUCCAGUACUGGAUCGAAAAUUACAGGAACUUGCUGGACGCCUGGCGCUUCUGGCACAAGCGAGCGGAAUUCGACAUUCACAGGAGUAAGCUGGAUCCCAGUUCCAAGCCCUUAGCCCAGGUGUUUGUGAGCUGCAAUUUCUGUGGAAAGUCCAUCUCCUACAGCUGCUCCGCUGUGCCCCACCAGGGCCGGGGCUUCAGCCAGUAUGGCGUGAGCGGCUCCCCGACCAAGUCCAAAGUCACAAGCUGUCCCGGCUGCCGCAAGCCCCUGCCACGAUGCGCCCUCUGCCUCAUCAACAUGGGGACGCCCGUGUCUAGCUGCCCAGGGGGAUCCAAGUCGGAUGAGAAAGUGGACCUCAGCAAGGACAAGAAGCUGGCCCAGUUCAACAAUUGGUUUACCUGGUGCCACAAUUGCAGGCACGGGGGCCACGCGGGCCACAUGCUCAGCUGGUUCAGGGACCACGCCGAGUGCCCUGUGUCCGCCUGCUCCUGUAAGUGCAUGCAGCUGGAUACCACGGGCAAUCUCGUUCCGGCAGAGACUCUGCAGCCCUAGCCUGGGCCCCUGCCCUGGGGGACGGGUGCCCCAGAACUUUCCCGCCCCACGAUCCUCCCGCCGGCCAGAGCCUCGCAGAGCUCCGGAACGCCUCCGAUGCCAGGCCAGAGCCAGGACCUUGUCAUGGGGGGGUGGCAAACACAGCUUCCCGGGGAGCCUCCGGCUCCAGGAGGGGCAGCCAGGCCUUUAGCCAGAGCCACCGCUGCCCCCCGGCCUUCUCCCCAUCACGGCCGCCGUGCACUCGCCAGCCGGGCACGGGGCCCGAACGGAACUUCUCUGCGAGAAAGCAGUCGUGAGGCGCCUGUAGUCAGGUGUGAGCGCUCCCUCCCUGGGAGGAUGGGAUUUGGCACCAGGGUCUCCCCACCAUCCCUGAUCAUGGUGGCCCUGCCCCCACCAGGUUGCCCUCUGCUCCGGGGGCCAGCGGCCGGUUCUCCCCUGCUCUGGAGCCUUGAGAGCAGAGGCUGCAGCUCCCACCAUGGACAGACUGAGGGAGAAGAUGCCCCAUCUGCUGCCAUCUCUCCUCAUGCCCACAGGGGACAGCUCCCUCUGUGGGCUGGGAAUUGGGGAGUGGGAUGACGUGGGCCGUGGUGGGCGAAGGGGAAUCGGCUUUACCGGCCGAGGCUGGAGGCCCGUGGGUCUCAGACUGCCCGGUACCGUCCUUUGCUGGGUCAGAAGUGCCGGGUUGGGGGGCUGGGCCGGCACAGCGCUGCUCCUGCAGCACGGCCCUCCCCAGAGGUAUUUAUACUUUUUGUACAGAAGUGGUUUUGUUAGUAAAGAUGGUGUGUUGUA